AUGGCAUAUGUGCUCCUUAUUACCGGCGGCAGCGGCUUCAUCGCCAUGCACAUUAUCAAGGUGCUACUGCUAGACUUUGUCUUCGUUCCCGACGUUGGACAACCUGGGGCAUUUGACGAGGCCGUUCGAUCUAAUCCCCCAUUCAAUCCCGUCAUGCACACUGCGAGCCCCAUCACAUACGAAGUCGAGAAUAUCCAGGCAGACUUGAUCGAUCCAGUUGUUGGUGGGACCACCAAUAUUCUUGAAGCUAUCAAGGCGGGAGCCCCGACGGUUAAGCGAGUGGUAACUACGGGGUCCUUUGUCUCUAUGUUGGAUAUGUCAAAGGGUCUUUGGCCCGUCCAUAAGUAUGACAAGACAGACUGGAACCCCAUCACAGCCGAGGAAGCACUGGAGAACCCAGCUAGCGGCUACGCAGCAAGCAAAACAUUCGCAGAGAAGGUGGCGUGGAACGUUCAGAGUGAGGAGUCCCCGGGCUUCACGCUGUCUGUCAUUUUGCCCCCUCUUGUUUCCGGUCCGGUGCUGCAACAUCUGAACGAUGUGGACUCCCUUAGCGAGUCAAACCAGUUCAUAAGAAGCUUUCUCUACGGAUCGAUGGACACCACAAUACCCGCUGCCGAGGCCAACCUUCUCAUAUGA